AAGUAUUUGUGCUUUAUUGCUCUUAUCAAUGAGGUGAAACCACUCACACCUCCAGGCCGCAGGUGGCAGCAGAGCGUCAAACACCUACAUCGCUCCAGAGGAACAGAUUCACUGCAUCGCUUCAGGGACGUCUGCUGGUGAAGUGGUGUCAAAACAGGACAUUGUGUGUGUGUGUGUGAAAGCUGUGCUGAUGGAGCAGUGUGCGUGUGUGGAACGAGAGUUGGAGAAGGUGCUACAUAGGUUUGUCACAUAUGGACAUCAGUCAGAGGAAAGGCUGGAUGAACUCCUGAGGAACGUCUGUGAGCUAAGAAGUCGAUUGGUUGCCUACGGUGUUCAAGAUGCAGAUUUGUCAGUGCUCCAUCAAACAAUGGCCCAGUGCUGCAAGGAAAUCAAAGAAACCGUGCAGAUGCUUGCCUCCAGGCACAAAGACAUCCAUGGCAGUGUGUCGAAAGUGGGGAAAGCAAUUGACAGAAAUUUUGAUGCGGAGGUGAGUGCAGUUGUAGCUGAGAAUGUCUGGGACUCUCCAGAGAGGCAGAAAUACCUCAGUGAAACCAUCGUAGAACAUCUUUAUCGACAAGGCAUGUUGAGUGUUGCAGAGGAUCUCUGCCAGGAGUCUGGUGUAGUAAUCGACAUGAGCAUGAAACAGCCAUUUCUGGAGCUCAACCGCAUUUUAGAGGCUUUAAGAACACAAGAUCUCAGACCAGCUUUAGAGUGGGCGGUGACAAACCGUCAGCGACUGCUGGAUCUAAACAGCACCCUUGAGUUCAAGCUCCACAGACUCUAUUUCAUCAGCCUGCUCAACGGUGGCAUCAGCAAACAGCAGGAAGCUUUACAGUACGCACGGCAUUUCCAACCGUUUGCCUCACAGCAUCAGAGAGAUAUUCAGAUCUUAAUGGGUAGUCUAGUGUACCUCCGCCAUGGGAUCGAGAACUCUCCGUACCGCAGUCUGCUGGAGACGGAUCAGUGGGCAGAGAUCUGUAACAUCUUCACACGAGAUGCAUGCGCUCUUCUUGGACUCUCUGUGGAGUCCCCACUCAGUGUCAGUUUUGCAUCCGGCUGUAUGGCGCUGCCUGUGCUCAUGAACAUCAAACAGGUUAUUGAACAGAGACAGUGCAGUGGUGUUUGGACGCAUAAGGAUGAGCUGCCAAUUGAAAUAGAUCUGGGGAAGAAAUGCUGGUAUCACUCUGUGUUUGCCUGUCCUAUCCUGAGACAGCAGACAUCAGAGAGCAAUCCACCCAUGAAGCUCAUCUGUGGGCAUGUCAUAUCCAGAGACGCGCUUAACAAACUCACCAAUGCUGGAAAGCUUAAAUGCCCAUAUUGUCCAAUGGAGCAGAAUCCCUCAGAUGCCAAACAGAUCUUCUUCUGAUGUCUUUUUUCGGAGCGUAGCCGAAAGUCGUGUUAAAGGCUUCUUGGAGCCGCUUUUCGAAUGAUCCUCAUUCACAGGCAUGACAAGCCUUCUGUGGCGGCUUCUCCCCCGCAACGCCACCUCCCUCUCCAAAGCUUUUAGUUUACAGAGGCCGGUGGCCACGGCAACAUACCUGUAGAACCCGAGUCAGUAAGUGUACCUAAUGAGGAAAACGAUCUUUGCGGAUCAUUCAUUUGUUAACACAGCCUAGUAUAAACAGGCUUUUACAAGAACGUAUGUGUGUGCGCAUUUCGCUUCCUCUCCAUUUGUUUUAAUUGCAGAGUAUUUUUAAGUUUCCAUGGUAUAACGCCUCUCUUUUUCUUUCUUUGUGACUCUUAUUAAGCGAAUGGGCGUGAUGCAUCUGUGUGGGUGACUUCUUGCCAGAAUAUAUCCACAGUUUCCUCUUUUGAGAUCACAUUUAAAUACAUGAACGGGGAUUCUUUGCACGUGUACAUGAUAGAAAUGGCUUUUCAGUAUGUAUAUUAACAAUGACAUAAGGACUGGUGGACGGGUGCCUGUUGAUUAUAAAUGAAUCACGUCUCUCUUUCCAAUAUAAUAAAGGCUUAAUUGGAUCGAAUGGCGUUUUGAUUAGUGCAUCAGUGUGAAUAUUCAUCAGAAAUCUGAGGAUUUGUUUGUGCAGAUUGUGAUCUUGUUCUAUGCGCCCGUCUGAUGUCUGAGAAAACCUCCUUGUCCAAGCCAUGUGUCUUGCUCUGUGUAUUUCAAAAAAAGUUUAAUUAAUAUACAGCAGUGAUUUGUGAUGGUAUAACUUUUCAUUAGUAUAAUUACAUAUGUAAUGUAUUUAAAUGCACACACAAAUGGUUUUAUCACAGAGUUGAGUGGACUUGCUGAAUUAGCUCUCACAGCUCCAGGCUUCUCCUCUUACAUAAUCAAAACGGGUCUAUGCGUUGAUUCGAGAAAUGCAUCCUCUGCAGACAGUCGCAUUAGCGAUUGAACCUUUGCCAGCGUAAAGUACUGAAACUAUAUGUCCAUUAAUGUACAGUUGAUGGUAGACUGACUAUGUUUUAAUGUUCCCCAUCAAGAUGAGAGUUUCCAGGUGUUUCCCAUCAUCCCUGAAUGUAAAGCGCACUCUGUUUAUAUCUGUAUAGGUGAAGGGAGACGGUGGAAUAAUAUUUUGUCCCUUGAGAUGUUCUUCAAAUCCUCCCUGGCUUUAACACAAUGUAACUGCUAAUUGUUCCGUUCCGCUUUAGGGAUCGAUAUCUCAAAAUGUGCAUGCCGAAGCGGAAUGUGUGGUUUGUAAAUCGCCCUUUUGCAGUGAUUGAAUGAAAAUGAAAUUUGGAAACCUUGCCCGCAACAAGCUCUUCUGACAAGAUGUGAUCCAGACCUGAGACCUAGAGAGAGAAAACCUUUACCAGUGAUCUUUGACUUUCUCGAAGGUCGGGCAUGCACCAGCACAGCUUCGUUCUUCAGCGAAUGAUGUCUGAUUAUUAUUAUUAUUUUUUUUUGCUGUCUUUUAAAGCCUUCAAGAGGUGUGUAGGAGUGCUGUGUGGCCACUGACAUGUGCUGAUAAUAAACAUUGUCUGUUUUUUCUUUUAGUAGACAAUCAUUUAUUACCUCCUGGAAAUUUGUAAGAUCAAAGCAGAGUACUGUGUUAUAACUUGAGUUUAAGGAAGUGCUUUUUGAUUUUAGUUUUCAUUCAGUGAUUGAGUAAUGACUGCUUUCUCUACUAACAACUGCAAGGCAACUAUUGUAAAUAUUUAUCUUCUAACAGUACAACAUGUUUAUUAUACUUGCAUCUAAAUAAUAAAAAGAUUUAUACUCAA